AGCAAUGUCAAGCUAAGGUAUGUUUUGUUGAGUUUAUGAGUUAAAAACGAGCCACAUUCAGGGUUGAUUUCUAAAAUGGCGGACGUCGGUCCAACGGUAACCAUGGUGACGAAGCAAAAUACAGUAACUUUAGUUUUAAGAGUAAGUUCACGACAUAAAUCCUCAGAGAUACUUAAAAACAGGGUGUUAAAUGGCAUUUAUAUUACAAGGACAUGCCAAACGAAGUUUUGAGUGUUGUCAAAGCCAGUUACCUUGAAAAACUAAUCUGAUUAAUGACUACUGAUUACUCCUUUAGGAAGUAACCUAGUUACUUUACUGAUUAGUCGAUUUUAAAAGUAACCAAGUUAGAUUACAAGUUACUUUAUUAGUUACAUUCAGCAAUGCAGCUACCGACGUUACCCCCGCCGCCUCAACAUCAAAAUGACAAGCGGUUUUGCCAAUAAUCACUUUAACAUUAACAACUGCACUUAACAUAAAUACUUGUUUUAGAUAUUAAAAAAAUAAAUAAUGACAGUCUUUCUUUACUGGACAUAAAUCCUUGUUUUAUCUAUACAUUAAAAAAAUAAACAGUUUUUCUUUACAGUCAUAAAUUAUUUGUUUUUUAUCAAAUAAAAUAAAUACUGUCUUUUUUACCUGACUGUUAAUACUGCAAUGGAAAAACCUACAAAUAUAAAUGUAACUAUUAAAUGAUGUUUCACUUUUCUUCUGAACACUGAACCUGUCCACAACAUCAGAGCAGCUAGGCGUGGUUUUACAAAACAGUGUAUAACACCACGUUAGCUCUAAUUGUUCUAUUGUUAUAAUCCAGUUAUGAGUCAAACAGUGGCGUGGGGCGAGUAAACUAGUGGUUGUACCUCAUUAACAACAGCCUCUCAAACCUCUUGUCAGAAAGUCUAUUCCUCAUUCAGUCCGGCUUUCAGGUUGCUCUCCAUCUGUGCAUACUCCAUUUCCAGUGCGAAUAAUCCAGUCUGUUCUGGGCUUGAACAAGGGCAUUGAAAUCUGGCUGAAUGUCUGAGGUGGCUAUGCGAAGGACAGCUAAGAGGUGGAUCCAAAGAGGACCAGAAUCAUCUGAGCAUGCCUCCUCAGGUGUGGAAAGUUCUCCUCUUUGAGGGAGGAGUAAAAGUCCAGCAAUGAGACUGACCUGAAGUGCUUGGCCAGGAGUAGGUCAGACUGCAGAUACUAACCGAACCUAACCUAAACCAAUAUCCACCAUUAACGUUGGAAGAGUCCAAAUGAUGAUCGUGUGUUCUCUGACCGGAACCCCAAUGUGGUCAAUACCUGAAAAAAACAGUCGCAGAGUUUAAUACUCAACAAAGGUCCUUCGAGCUGGAUACAAUUGGCUACAAUGGAAAUGUCAUCAGAGGAUGAAUCAACUUCUCCAUUUCAUCCUGAUGCACGAGACCGAUCGGUGAGGGAACGCCGUACCCCAAAACAUCUUGAAGACUACAUCCUUGCCUAUAAUGUGCAGAGACCUGCCCUUUCCUCCCCCCCUACCAAGAUGGAGGAGCAGAGAGGAGCAGCGGCCACAGUGAACAGUAGCCAAGCAGAUGCAUUGCUUCAAAUAGAUGGCCGAGUAACCUCACAUUGUGCCACGUCAGUCGACAUGCUGAAUGUUUCUUCACUCAGGAAACUAAUGGAAUCAGUAUCAGUAAAGGAAAAGGAGGAGACGGACGAAAUUACUCGACUUACUGCUAAACUCCGCCAAUAUGAGAGCAGACAACGGCGACGGCAACAGCUGAUGGAACACAUAUCUUCCUUCCUCAUAGAAGAAGAAAUGGAUGGCAAUGACCUUCACGGAGCCUUCACCAGCACAACCUCCUUCAGUGAGCAACAGUUGUGCUGCAAUUUCCAUUUCACAUACUCCCUCACUUGAACCAGUAACAAAGCAGCUGCACUUUGUAAAGCCUCCACUUGAGGGAUGUAUAACAGCAAGCAUGCAUUCAAGUGUCGGGGAACGAAACUAACAAAGUGGACAUCAUUCCUGCAGCUGCACGUGAGAGAGCUGCUUCCCCACUAACAUUAACACAAACAUUCUCACCACAAUGCCCAAACUCCCCCUCCUCUGUUGCUUCAUAUGGAAUGGUGUUGCCUGCUGUACAUCAGGAACAACUCCCCGGCCAGGACACAUUAUUACUACAACUCAAGGGCCCUCCUCAGCACUGUGGCAAAUCUGGAGAAUGCAUCCAACCAGCCGAUCAUCAACUCACUACAGCAACCUGUACACCUGCAGUUGCUUCUUACAAUCAAUCAAUCAAUCAAUGUUUAUUUAUAUAGCCCUAAAUCAUAAAAGUCUCAAAGGGCUGCACAAGCCACAACGACAUCCUCGGCACAACAACCCCCUGAAUGUGCUCCGUCAUCCCUUUCCACCUGCAAUACCUGACACUCACUCAGGUGCAAACGUAACUUAUCACCUCCCGGGCUCACAGCAGUAACAACACCUCAGUACCCAUUAUACACUUCACCACUAGAGGGUAGCAUGCCCACAGUCUUAUCAGCCACAGAUGCUGUCAAGUCACAAUGUUCCCCCAUUACCCACUAACUUGUCACAACGCUCAACUUACGGAGUGCCACAACCUAAAAUUCCAGGAUUUACUGCAGACAGUGCGAGAGAGUUUGCUAACCUCAAGCUUGCUCUUUGUAACCUAUUCGAACCCCAUCCAGACUUAAGUGAGAAUUACAAAUAUCAAGCUACUUGAACAUCUCAAGCUUCCAGAAGCACAAAUGAUAGGUCAGUCGUGCCGCCACCAUCCAUACCCAUAUACAGCCACCAUGCAAGCUUUGCAGUUCCAGUAUGGUCAGCCACAUCAGCUUGCUCAAAGCGAAAUAGCAGCCAUUCUGACCUCCCCAGAUGUCAAGCCGACUUUCAAAGAUUUGCUCUGUGUGUUCAUCUCCUAGUGAGCAUGCUGCUCUCCUCAGAGGGACCACAAGGCAUGGAACUGAAAUGCUGCUCACAUGUCGAUCGCCUACUUGGCAAGCUGCCAAAGUACCACAGAGAUGGGUUCAUCGAGCAUCUACAGUUACAAGGAAAAUUAAAUGGCACAAGUCUGAACCCCUACAACCUGCAGGACCUAAAUGGAUGGCUUCAAGGUAAAGCACAACAGCAGCGCCUUUCCAGCAGAUUGGUGCAACGCUAUCAACGGGAGAAGCCCUCGGGGAACGCAACAGAAAUAGGUCCCUUCAGGGUCAAAGGUCAAGCUACAGCUGUGUAUCUUGGAGCAGUGCCAGCAUGACAGGGUGCCUCCACUAAGCACGCUCUUGCUGAAACCAACAAAGCUAACAAAAUGCAUUGUCUCUUCUGCAAUAGCAAGGAACACUAUAUUAGUCCCUGUCAACAGAUCAGAAAACAUUCUGCGGCGCACCUGGAUAAAUGGAUAGUAGAAGAAGGACGAUGCUGGAGAUGUGCACGUGCUCAUGCACCUGACGCAUGUACUCUCAAGAAGCCCCGCAGCGCUGCAAUGGUAUCCACCUCCAAGUUCUCCACAAUGUAGCUCAAUGGUAUAGUGAAGACACCCAGAUGACUCCCACAGAGAGUCGUGUCUAUUUGACUCCCAGCAUCACCUCUAGUAGAGUGCUCCUGAAAGUUGUUCCUGCACUGCUGCACCAUAAUUCAAAAUCAAUGGAGACAUUUGCUGUCUUAGAUGAUGGGGCUCAACGAACUAUGAUUUUACCUGACGCAGCACAACAUCUACACUUGCAUGGCCAACAUGAAAUCCUUGCUGUGCGCACAGACCUUACCCACCUCAAGGGUUUAACAGUUGACUUUGAGAUUUCCCCUAUAAAGAACCCAGGGAAACAGUACCAAGUGCAAAGUGCGUUUACUGCACAAGGUCUGGAUCUGAUGGAGCAGACCUACCCAGUUGAGAGACUUCAGAGGAAGUACACACAUCUACAUGGGAUUUCGUUGCAACCAUUCUCCAAAGCACGCCCCCUAGUGUUAAUUGGGUCAGACAAUGUGCACCUGAUCACUGCCACAAAGCCAGUCCGCCAGGGAAAUAGUGGAGGACCCAUAGCCAUCCACACAGCACUUUGAUGGACUUUACAAGGGGCGGAGGAAAAAACACAAGGACAGAGCUCAACACAAUUGUCUUUUUACCUCACUUGCCACUCCCAAUGACAUCUUGUUUAAUAAUGUCGAAAAGUUAUGGCAACUUGAUGUUUUGCCCUUCAGGAAUGAAAAGAUGGUUGUUUGCUCUCGUGAAGAUCAGGAAGCAAUCACUCUAUUGGAGACAAGAACUCAGCGAGUCGACAUAGAGGGUGUCCAGCGCUAUGCAACACCCCUCCUAAGAAAGAAAGAUAUGCCUAAACUCACCAGUUCCAUAUCCACUGUUAUGGCUCAGUGAGAAGCACAGAGAAAAGGCUCAAGAAGAAUCCAGAGAAAGUCACUUCCUUUUCUGCUGAGCAACAUGCUCAGAGUCACCAGCAGUCAUCCAGGACUUCUUAAAUCAGUGGAGCAAAGUUUCUAUGUGGAUAAUUGCUUAAAGAGUUUCACCGACAUAUCUGAGGCUGCACAGCAGGUGACUCAGUUGCGCAAACUGAUGGCAGAAGGAGGAUUUGACCUCCGUCAAUGGGCAAGUAACCAACCAGAGGUGUUCGCCCAGGUCUCUACUGAAGGAAGAUCGACUACCACAGAGCAGUGGCUAAGCCAGAACCGAGUUGAGCCACAAGAGUCUGCUUUAGGCCUGAGAUGGAACUGUGCUACUGACACCAUUGGCUAUCAACGUAGAAACAUCAAACAUACCAUAUUGACCAUGAGGACUGCAUAUCAGGUGCUAGCCAGUCAGUAUGACCCCCUGGGUUUUAUAGUACCGUAUAUGACCCGCGCCAAGGUUCUCAUCCAGCAGUUAUGGUCCAAGCAGAAAAGCUGGGAUGACUCAGACUUACCGCAAGCCCUGCAGGAGGAGGCCUGGAAGCGGUGGGAGAGUGACCUCCUACAUCUAGCUAAAUUAUCUAUACCACGCUGCUACACACCAAUCCCAACCACUGGUUCCGAGUAUGAUCUGCACUUUUUUUGUGAUGCCUUUGAACGAGCAUAUGGAGCAGUUGUUUAUGUCAGACUACAGACUAAAGAUGUCAUUCUCACCUCGUUCGUUAUGGCAAGAUCAAAGGUAACUCCGAAAAGGCAACAAUCCAUGCCUCGCUUGGAGCUCUGUGCAGAAUUACCUGGAGCUCAGCUAUCCAAGAUUUUGAAGACAUAGAUGACCCUCCCUCUUCAAAAGACGACCCUGUGAUCAGGUUCCACCACGGUUCUGGAGUGGCUCCAGACGGACUCCUGUCGCUUCAAGGUCUUUGUUGGAACGCGUGUCUCAGAGAUACAGGAGCUGACUGAUCGACAAUCCUGGCGGUAUAUGGACACCCACAACAAUCCUGCUGAUGACAUCACCAGGGGGAAACCACUUCUGGAACUUGCGGAGGAUGGGCGCUGGAGUCAAGGACCCCCAUUUCUCAGGCAAAGUGCAGAAUACUGGCCAAAAAGACCGGAGAAAUAUUCAACCCUGAUUUUGUACGAACUAAAGAGCAUCACCUUCUGUGGUCUUGCAAUAGUGCAAAGCGACAAUAAUAUUCCGAAUGCCUCUCUAUUUAAUGCCUGGAAAGAAUUAGUGACAGUCACUCAGCAGGCGGGACAGGAAGCACCAGGAGGUUCGACACACAGUCAGACAAUCAGCUCCCAAGAAGAUGAGUUUCUCUUCCUGAGAAGAUGUCAAGUUCAAACCUUUCCCGCAGACAUCAUGUCUCUUAAAACACAGAACGCAGUGUAAGCUAAGAGUCGUCUAACGUGCCUCUCCCCUGAGUGGGACUCAACUAUAGGGUUAAUUCGAGUUGGGGGUAGGCUGCGACAACUCCAGAAGCCGGACCUAGAAGAGAUCCAUCCUAUUGUGCUGGACUCAAAACAACAGGAAACUAAACUCAAGGACAUGAACAAACGUCUUCUGCACCCAGGUACAGAGCAAGUGUAUGCAGAACUUCGAAGACAUCACUGGAUUUUGCGAGGACGACAAGCAGUCAGGCACCAUCAGCACAACUGCCCAUCUUGUCAACGCAGCGGAGAUCAACCGACAGUCGCAAGGAUGGCAGAUCUGCCACCACAACACCUCAGACUUCUCUGUCCACCCUUCCAUUCAACAGAGGCAGAUGAGAGCGACCCUCAGAGGGGCCCGGGAGACACUGAAGAACCUAACCACGGUGAAAGGAAAGAUGGAGGACACGGCAACUCACAUCAUGAGCCAAUCAGUGACAAUUACCCAAGUCUUGAGGGAGGAGUUUGAGAAGAUGCAGCAGUUCCUACGUGAUGAGGAGGCCGCACUGACGUCAGAGUUGAAUCAGGAAGAGGAAGAGAAGAUUCAGAGGGUCGAGCAAAAGAUAAGCAAGCUGAGCAAUGACAUACGAAUCUUAAAGGCCAGUAUCGGAGAACUGGAAGAAGUUAUGGAAUCAGAGGACAUCUUUUUUCUGAAGAAUUACAGAAGUGCCUCUAAAAGGACUCCCCGCGGAGUUGACGAGUACAAAGAGGAAUUCGGAACUCUGAUGGAUGUCCCCAAGUACCAGAGCUGCAUGCAGCAUCAUGUCUGGGAGAGGAUGCUGGGAGUCAUCCACUAUUUUCCGGUGACCUUGGACCCCAACACAGGCUCAGCAUGUCUGACUGUGUCUGCUGACCUGUCCACUGUGUCGGUGUGUGAUGAACAGCCUCUUCCAGACAACACAGAUAGAUGUGUCAACCCACAGGGCAUCUUGGCUUCAGUGGGAUUCAGCUCUGGGAUCCAUCUCUGGGAGGUGGAAGUCGGAGACAACAGUCACUGGUCUUUGGGGGUGGCCAGCGACAGUAUCAAUAGGAAAGACUGGUGGAGACUGGAUGACAACCCUGGUGAACCAAGUGGUGGUCUGUGGACAGUGUCACUCUCCUCUGGUGUGUACCGCGCUUCUCCCGGCCACAGUUCACCUCUCACACUCAGGAGAAGACCAUCCAGAAUCAGAAUUCAGUUAGACUGGGAGAGAGGGUGUCUGACUUUCUCUGAGGCCAAUGGCAACGCUCUGAUCCAUAGGUUUAAAAAGCAGUGGAGUGGUACACUAAGGCCCUACUUCUCUACCACUUGUUCCAAACACCCUUUGAAAAUCAUUGAAUCAAGGGUGACUGUUGCUACAGAAUAGAACAUGCAACAUUACAAAUGUCAUUUAUUUACAGAGAUUAUGUUCAUUUGUGAGUAAUAGACACACCCAUACACAGUGGAACCUCCAUUGACGGAAGGUUUAGAUCGAGGUGUCCGAACCAUGUCUCGGUGUCCGAUCGUUUGAUUUAUUUAUUCAUUUUCUCUGUGGUUCUGCCAUUUUGAUGACAUUGCUUCCUGUACAUGCCAUUUCAAAGAGGCUGGCCCCCGAGGUCACAUCCAAAUUGCGUACUUUGAGGAGUUAGCGACAGAUUGGCUCACAAAAUGUGGAAGAAACAAGUCCACAUUUGCAACUAUUAUCCAAAAAGGACAAUUGUAAGGUUGCUGACUCUAAAUAUCUUUGCAAGGAUGUAGAAAAAGUGCAAGACCAGGUGAAAGAGCUGUCGCUAGUGUGGAUAAAGAAGAAGCAGCUAGCCGGCAAUAGCAUUUCCGAGGCUAUCAUUUGGGAGAAGGCUCGCCAUUUACAUGGCGACUCGAUGUCCAAAAGUGACCAUGCUUAAACCCAGUAUGGAAGAACAAUUUAAGGCGAGCCGUGGGUCUUUGGAAACGUUUAAAAAGAGGAGCCUUCAUUCAAAGCCAUGGUGCGGCACAGCGAGGCUGCUCAAACAAAGCUGCCGCUUCAAAGAUUUUAUGGGCGCAGGUGGCUUACUACCUUACCAAAUUUUGAACUGUAUUAAAAAUACUAGAGGAGACUUUCAUUACAGCGAAUGAGAAUUUAGUACCGGGAAACAGGCCAACGGAGGACCGCAUCACACUGCUAAUUUGUGCUAACGCUAUCGCUGGCUGGAAGGUGAUGCUAUACUUGUUUACCAUUUCCAGACUGUUCAACAAAUAUUCAAGGACACAAGGUAAAGUUAUUUUCCUUCCUGUAGCAGCAUGUUUGGUAACAUUUUGGAGAGCACUUUAGUGUUGUUGCAUUGACAGUUAGACCGGCUGUUGUUGUUGUUGUUGUUGUGUUUGGAUAAAAAAGAGAUUGUUUAAUCAUUGCCCGCUUGUUGGUUUGAUAUAUAUAUACAUACAUACACACAUUAUAGUGUCUUUAAAGUGUGCAUUUUUUAAAUAUAAAAUAGGGACUUUGGUCAAGGCUCCAACCAAUUAUUCUUGUUUACAUUGUUUCUUAUGGGGAAGUCUGUUUCACUAUUCAAAGAACUCCAGCUUAUUAUUGAUUUCCAGAGCCCCAAAAAAGUCUGCGGGCUAUAGAGCGUUUUCUAUUGGGGCUCCAGGACUCUGGAAUGCCCUCCUGGUAACAGUUAGAGAUGCUGCCUCAGUAGAAGCAUUUAAGUCCCAUCUUAAAACUAAUUUGUAUUCUCUAGCCUUUAAAUAGACCCCCCUUUUAGACCAGUUGAUCUGCCGUCUCUUUUCUGUUCUGAAAUU